AUGGAUCUUGGGGUCUCACUUGAUAGAGCGAAGUCCGCUCAGUCGAAUCGACCUAAUAGUAUCCAUGUUGCUUCCAAUUUGGACUUCUUGCGAGAACGAGAGGCAGCACCCGGAAGAAAUUUCGAUGCACCGUCGUUGGGUCGAGGUGGCCAGUCUCCUGCCGUGCUAGAUUCUGAUUCUGAUGAUGAGAAGAACAUCACUUCGAAUAUCGAUUAUUUGAGAGCAAGAGAAAAUGAGGAUAGCCAUCAGAAGAAGCAUCGCCGAAGCAGCAGCCAGAACACCAAGGGCGGCGGGAAACGGUCUAGCUUACACUCAUUGACGAGUGGCACCAAAAACAUCGUGAAGGGCCGCUUUGGCGAUGCCUUCAAGAUGUUCGAGAGCAACUCCGGCUCCGGCCCCGACCGAGGGCGAUCUGACUCAGGCCCGCGCACACCCACAGAUCUCCCUAUCGACUCACGCCACAGUGCACUGACCCCCAUUGCCGGCUCCGAAGCCACAGGCGGCCACUCCGAUGACGAGCGCGUCAUCGACGAGACAGAAGACCUCCCUCCAGAAGUCCGUCGCGAGCUUGAAAGGCGGCGCCUUUCGCAAGAAGAACGCCGCGUCGAAGCCGCAGCCGCGGAAUACCGCAAACGCCUUGCAGAAGAAGGCAAAGGCAAGGCGGGCCCCACACGCGCUUCUACCAUCCAAAACCGCGUCAGGAACCUCCUCGACGAAAGCCAGAAGCCGGUAUCUGCUAGCCGCACAGCGGAAGGCUACGGGAAGUACACCUCUACAGGCAAGCCGUUACCGCAGAGGCCACAAGACCAGAGCGGCGCCAGACAACCACCUGCCGUUGCUAAGAAACCCAUCACGGUGUCCCAGCAGGUCCAGCAGAAUGCGCCUUCAGAUCUAGCAUACACGAAGCCUCGCCAACCACCGCAUGUGGCUCAAGUACCGACCUCAGCGUCCGCUCCUCCGGCGGCAACCCGUGUCCCAACAGGCGGCCCUCGUCCACCGCCUCCGUCGAAACCGACGAAGCUUAGGACAGGCAACACUGGGGACUUCUCCACUGGGUCGAGGCAGAGCCCUACCAAGAGCAGUGUAAGAGACAAGCCGUUGCCUCGUGUUGGGGGGCAGCAUGACGGGCCUGCGGAUGAUGCGUGGGAUGUGGAUAGCUUUAGCAAGCGGUAUCCUAGCUUGAAUAAGCUGGAGAUGGUGGAGACGGAGAUUCCGACAGGGAGGAGGGAUGUCAGGGAUGUGUAG